AUGGAUGACCUCUUCGAUGUCUUCGAGGACCAGCCCCAGGCGGUGAAACCCUCUGACGAGCCAGCCAAGCCGCGGCCGAAGAAGGACAAAAGCAAGAAGCGACAGGCCAACGGUGACGUGAAACAGGAUGGUGCUGAGGUCGAGGCAAAGGACCAUGAGGCUCUACCUGACGCGCCCGCCGCUGGCGGUGACACAGAAGAUGCAGAGGCUUCUCCCUCGGAGAACGGGCAGCCAGAAGCCAAGCGACAGCGACUACAGAAGGAACCAGAACCUCUAGUGGCCGACACCUUCGAGACGGAGCAGGAACGUGAAGUGGCCGCUUCAGCCGGGCUUCAAUCCACCAAGGAGGAGGCUGCGGUCGUCCUGUCGCACCAGGUUCGCCAUCAAGUCGCUCUCCCGCCGAACUAUCCAUACGUUCCCAUCUCCCAGCAUAAGCCCCCCGAGAAUCCGGCGAGAACAUGGCCCUUCACCCUCGAUCCGUUCCAGCAAGUCUCGAUUGCGUCGAUCCAGAGAGAAGAGAGUGUUCUGGUUUCUGCACAUACCAGUGCGGGUAAGACGGUGGUUGCGGAGUACGCCAUUGCGCAGAGCUUGAAAAACAACCAGCGAGUCAUCUACACCAGUCCGAUUAAGGCCUUGAGCAAUCAAAAGUACAGAGAAUUUGCGGCGGAAUUCGGAGACGUGGGUUUGAUGACUGGCGAUGUCACAAUCAACCCCACCGCUACAUGUCUAGUAAUGACGACGGAGAUUCUUCGUUCCAUGCUGUAUCGCGGCUCGGAGAUCAUGCGCGAAGUUGCAUGGGUCAUCUUCGACGAGAUUCACUACAUGCGUGAUGCGACCCGGGGUGUCGUCUGGGAAGAGACGAUCAUUCUUCUUCCAGACAAAGUUCGAUAUGUCUUUCUGUCGGCGACUAUCCCCAACGCCAUGCAGUUUGCCGAGUGGAUCACGAAGAUGCACAACCAACCGUGUCACGUCGUCUACACGGAUUUCCGUCCCACGCCGCUACAGCACUACUUCUUCCCUGCUGGCGCUGAUGGCAUCCAUCUGAUUGUUGACGAGAAAGGAGUGUUCCGGGAGGAGAAUUUCCAGAAAGCAAUGAGCUCGAUUGCCGAGAAGAAGGGCGAUGAUCCCGCCGAUCCCAUGGCCAAGAGGAAGGGCAAAGGCAAGGAUAAGAAGCUCAACAAAGGCGGCACGAAAGGGCCGUCCGACAUUUACAAGAUCGUGAAGAUGAUCAUGGUGAAGAACUACAAUCCGGUGAUCGUCUUCAGCUUCAGCAAGCGGGAGUGCGAAGCGUCCGCUUUGCAGAUGGCUUCAUUGGCAUUUAAUGACGACUCGGAGAAGGAAAUGGUCUCCAAGGUCUUCAACAGUGCCAUCGAAAUGCUGUCUGAGGAGGACCGGAAUCUGCCCCAGAUCCAGCACAUCCUGCCGCUAUUGCGGCGUGGCAUCGGAGUCCAUCACUCUGGACUCCUCCCCAUUCUUAAAGAGACGAUUGAGAUUCUUUUCCAGGAAGGUCUGAUCAAAGUCCUGUUCGCGACGGAGACGUUCUCCAUCGGUCUGAACAUGCCCGCCAAGACGGUGGUCUUUACCAGCGUCCGAAAGUUCGAUGGCAUCACUCAGCGCUGGGUGACCCCAUCAGAAUUCAUCCAGAUGUCUGGUCGUGCCGGACGAAGAGGUCUCGACGAGCGGGGUAUUGUGAUCAUGAUGGUCAACGAGGAGAUGGACCCGGCGGUGGCCAAGGAAAUUGUUCGUGGCGAACAGGACCGGCUCAAUUCCGCCUUCCACCUGGGAUACAAUAUGAUCCUGAACCUCAUGCGGGUGGAAGGUAUCUCACCCGAGUUCAUGUUGGAGCGGUGUUUCUACCAGUUCCAGAAUGCUGCCAACGCGGCGGGGCUUGAGAAAGAGCUACAUGAAUUGGAGACCAAACGAGCCAACAUGAACAUUCCUGAUGAAGGAACGAUCCGGGAGUAUUAUGAUUUGAGAAAGCAGCUCGCCAGUUUCACGGAGGACAUGCAGGCCGUGAUCAGCCACCCGAACUACUGCCUGCCGUUCCUGCAGCCGGGGCGGCUUGUGCAGAUCAAGUACUUGGACUACGAUUUUGGCUGGGGCGCGGUCGUCAACUUCAAGCAACGAAAGCCAUCCAAAGGUUCCAAGGAAGAGUUCACGCCCCAUCAAAGUUAUGUGGUCGAUGUGCUGUUGAAGAUCGCCGAUGGAUCUUCGGUGGGUACGAAGACACACAGCGACCUUCCAUCGGGAGUUCGGCCGCCUCAGGACGGUGAGAAAGUUCGGGUUGAGGUGGUGCCGGUGCUGCUGAGCUGCAUCCAAGCCAUCUCUCACAUCCGAAUCUUCCUUCCCAAGGAAGUCCAGACAGUGGACUCCCGGAAUAGCGUCAAGAGAGCCCUUGAGGAGGUGCAAAGGCGGUUCCCCGACGGUAUUGCUCUGCUCGAUCCCAUUGAAAACAUGGGUAUCAAGGAUGAGUCGUUCAAGAAGCUCCUUCGGAAAAUCGAGGUCCUCGAGUCGCGGCUCCUGGCCAAUCCCCUUCAUAACUCGCCUCGCUUGCCCGAGCUGUACAAUCAAUAUGCGGAGAAGGUGGAGCUGGGCAAGAAGAUCAAGGAGAUCAAGAAGAAGAUCUCGGAAGCCAUGUCGAUCAUGCAGCUCGAGGAGCUGAAGUGCCGCAAGCGGGUGCUCCGGCGGUUUGGCUUCAUCAACGAGGCGGAAGUGGUGCAGCUGAAGGCACGGGUGGCUUGUGAGAUCAGCACGGGCGAUGAACUCAUGCUCAGCGAGCUGCUGUUCAACGGCUUCUUCAACUCGCUGACCCCGGAGCAAUGUGCGGCGGUGCUGAGCUGUUUUGUGUUCGAGGAGAAGGCGAAGGAGACGCCGGCACUGACCCGAGAGGAGCUGCUCAAGCCGCUCAAGGAGAUCCAGGCGCAGGCGCGAAUCAUCGCCAAAGUGUCGAUGGAGUCGAAAUUGGCCAUCAACGAAGAAGAGUACGUGCAGAGCUUCCACUGGGAACUGAUGGAGGUGAUCUACGAGUGGGCGAACGGCAAGUCGUUUGCAGAGAUCUGCAAAAUGACGGAUGUCUACGAAGGCAAUCUGAUCCGGGUGUUCCGUCGGUUGGAGGAAUGUCUGCGGCAGAUGGCGCAGGCCGCCAAAGUCAUGGGCAGUGAAGAGCUGGAGCAGAAGUUCGAGACAGCGCUGACCAAGGUGCGGCGCGACAUUGUUGCUGCACAGUCGCUGUAUCUGUAA